AACCCAUCACAUUCUAUCUUCACAGCUACUUUCUUUCUCUUUCUGAUCAUGGACGGCCUUUUCUCUUCUAUCCUGUUUGCCUCUCUUCUCUUUCUGUAUAUGCUGUACAAGAUAGGGAAGAGAUGGAGAGGCAACAUCUCCUCACAAAAGCUGCCCCCAGGGCCAUGGAAACUACCUCUAAUUGGAAACAUGCAUCAACUGAUUGAUGGCUCACCUCCUCACCACUCCCUAAGCCGCCUGGCCAAGCAAUACGGGCCUCUCAUGAGCCUCCAACUUGGUGAAAUUUCCACACUCGUUAUUUCAUCACCAGAGAUGGCCAAACAAAUUCUGAAAACCCAUGACAUCAAUUUUGCUCAAAGGGCUUCUUUUUUUGCUACCAACAUUGUAUCUUAUCAUUCUACCGACAUUGUUUUCUCUCCAUAUGGCGACUAUUGGAGACAACUUCGAAAAAUUUGUGUAGUUGAACUUCUAACUUCCAAGCGUGUCAAAUCCUUCCAAUUGAUUAGGGAAGAGGAGCUUUCAAAUCUCAUUACAACGCUCGCUUCUUGUUCAAGAUUGCCCAUCAAUCUUACUGACAAACUUUCCUCUUGUACAUUUGCCAUUAUAGCAAGAGCUGCUUUUGGUGAAAAAUGCAAAGAACAAGAUGCCUUCAUAUCUGUCUUGAAGGAAAUGUUAGAGCUGUUUUCUGGUCCCUGUGUUGCUGAUAUGUAUCCUUCUGUUAAAUGGCUUGACCUGAUUAGUGGAAUGAGACAUAAAAUUGAGAAGGUAUUUAAGAGGACUGAUAGGAUACUCCAAAACAUUGUUGAUGAGCAUAGAGAGAAAAUGAAAACAGAAGCAGGCAAGCUACAAGGGGAGGAAGAUCUAGUUGAUGUUCUUUUGAAACUUCAACAGCAUGGUGAUCUUGAAUUUCCCUUAACUGACAACAACAUCAAAGCAGUCAUACUGAACAUUUUCGCUGGUGGAGGCGAGACAACAUCCAUUUCUGUGGAGUGGGCAAUGUCCGAAAUGCUGAAAAACCCAAGAGUGAUGGACAAGGCACAAGCUGAGGUAAGGCGGGUGUUUGAUGGAAAAGGGAAAGCGGAUGAGGAAUUAAAAUUCUUAAAAGUAGUAGUGAAAGAAACCUUAAGGCUACACCCUCCUCUUGCUCUACUAGUUCCAAGGGAAUGUAGGGAGAUGUGUGAGAUUAAUGGAUAUGAGAUACCCAAGAAAACUUUAAUCAUUGUUAAUGCAUGGGCCAUUGGCCGGGAUUCUGAUCAUUGGGUUGAAGCUGAGAGAUUUUACCCAGAGAGAUUCCUUGACAGUUCAAUUGAUUACAAGGGUACUGAUUUUGGAUAUAUCCCAUUUGGUGCUGGAAGAAGGAUGUGUCCAGGCAUACUGUUUUCUUUGCCUAUCAUUGAACUGUCACUGGCACAUUUACUCUACAAUUUUGACUGGAAACUCCCAAAUGGAAUGAAGGCAGAUGAUCUAGACAUGACUGAAGCAUUCGGUAUAGCAGCUCGCAGAAAACAAGAUCUGCACUUGAUUCCCAUUCCUUAUAAUCCAUCGCAUGUUCAGUAAUACUACCGCGAAGAAGCGUUAGAUUGAUGGAUGUUUUUUUAUUUGGAUUACUGCUAUAUGUAUAUCAUCUUAAACGAUGUUAUCUAUUUCUACCAUAUAUUGUAAUUAAUGCAAUAUAAGUUGCUACCAUAUAAUUAAAAUUUAUAACCUCGCAUUGCUUGAGAUGCCUUAUAGAGAGGCCAACUUAGCAAGCUUGGAUUGAACCUCA